AUCAAGAUUCAACUACAAAGUGAGUACCAACACUUUGAAACUGUUAUGUAUUAUAGAACAUGAUGAGAGAGAGUUCAUCAUCACCUUCUAACCUUAAUGUUUCUAUUCCAAUACUCAAUUUGGUGAGACCAAAACACACAAUGAUCUUCACAUAGGACCACUCAUUUCCUUUCUUACAUAUUAUUUUUCUUUCUUAUCUUUUGUGGUACAAAGGGGACCAUAGUAUUAGUAAAGUAAAAAAAACAAACACACGUAUGUGUUAUGUUAUGUGUAUCAAAUAGUUCAAGUCUUCUUCUAUUCCUUUAUGUACAAUUUGAUAAGAAGAAGGGGAUGGUAGAGCAACAAGAGUGUGAGGGAAGAAAAGAGAUGGAAGAGGAAAUUGAGAUGAAAGAAUCAAAAUUCAAGAGGAUUUGUGUUUUUUGUGGUAGUAGUCCUGGUAACAAGAGUAGUUAUAAAGAUGCUGCUAUUGAGCUUGGAAAUGAAUUGGUGUCAAGAAAUAUUGAUCUUGUUUAUGGAGGAGGCAGCAUUGGAUUAAUGGGAUUGGUAUCUCAAGCUGUUUAUGAUGGAGGUGGUCAUGUGAUUGGGAUUAUUCCAAGGACAUUGAUGCCAAGAGAGAUAACUGGAGAGACAGUGGGGGAAGUGAAGGCAGUAGCAGACAUGCAUCAAAGAAAAGCUGAGAUGGCUAAGCAUUCUGAUGCAUUUAUUGCCUUACCCGGUGGAUAUGGGACCCUUGAGGAGCUUCUUGAGGUCAUAACUUGGGCUCAACUUGGCAUCCAUGAUAAACCUGCGGGGUUGUUGAACGUAGAUGGCUACUACAAUUUUUUGCUAUCUUUUAUUGACAAAGCUGUGGAGGAAGGUUUCAUUUGCCCCAAAGCUCGUCAUAUAAUUGUAUCUGCUCCAUCAACAAAAGAGCUUGUCAAAAAGAUGGAGGAAUAUUCACCACAACACGAAAGAAUUGCAUCUAAGCUAAGCUGGGAAACUGGGCAACAUGAUUAGUCCUCAAAUCGUGAAAUCUCAAGGUGUGGGGUACAAACAUUUGUUAAUUACUUUCUUUGGUUUAAGAAACUACUAUUAUUAUUAACAUAAUUUCCUCAAGUUUGAAUUUUUUUUAUGCUGUUGCAUUUUCUUUUUUUGUUAGAGUGAAUUACAGAGCUGACUGCAAUUUAGUUUGUCAAAAACAUUGGAAUUGAAUAGAUGUUACAAGAUUUGUAAAGGA